AUGACGGACCUAACAAUUUUACUUUCUAAAAUGGAGGAACAAUUUGAAAAACAAACAAUAAGAAUAACCGAAAAUGUGACAAAAACCCUAUCUGCCACUAUAGAUGAAAAACUGCGACCUGUUCUGGAAGAAAACCAAGAAUUGAAAAAGGAGAUUAAUGCUUUAAAAACAAAAGUACAAAACAUGGAAAGGGAUAUAAGGAAGAACAACUUGAUACUACAUGGAGUUCAGGAAACUGAAAAAAAUCACGCGGACCUUCUAAAUCUGGUAUUAGAAAUCUUUAACACGGCUGGCGAAAAAGCUGGAUUGGACAAUUGGGACAAAUGGGAGAUCAGCAACGUUCGUAGACUUGGGAUGCCAAUGCAAAACAAAACAAGACCCAUCCUUGUUUCUGUUACCCUCGAAUGGCGUAAAAUGGAAAUGUUAAAGAAUAAAAGAUUCUUCCCACAAAAGGUCUACAUUAGUGAAGAUUUCUCAAAAGACAUCCUAAACAAAAGGAAAGAGUUGAAGAUACAGCAACAAGAAGAAAUCAAGAAAGGAAAAUCGAGCUUAUAUCCGCUA